UUUUCGUCUGAGUCCUACAAGUUUCAACGUUUUGUUGGGUUGUGUCAUGCGUGAUGUGAUGAUUCAAUGACAACAAAACAGAAACCAAGGGUAAAAACGAAAUUAGACCAAUAGUAGUCUUUGACGAGGAUUGUCCAAUAAUGUCCGAAGGUCAUCAACUUUCAUCUGUUCCCGCUGUCAACUAGUCACUAGAUACUCUUCUAAAGAGCUUCUGAAAGUAGUAGAGUUGCAUUAACUUGCAAAAGUCAUCCUUUUUUUGUAAAAGUUUUACUUAGUCUUUUGCCUGAACAAUGGUGAGUUCCUCAACAACGAUCUCUGUUUCAUGUGCCUCAAAGAAGUCUCGAUCUCCUAAACCCCAGAAGAAGAUUACUGUUAAGGUCAAGACCCAACAGGGUGGAGAAGAGGAUGUUUACAAGAUUGGUUAUGGUACACAUCUGAAUAAACUAAUGCAAGCUUACUGCACCAAGAGGAACUUAGAUGAAGGCACUGUCAGAUUCAUCUUCGGCAAAAAACAGCUCAAACCACGAAGCACUCCUGCUCAGUUGAAGAUGAAAGAAGGCGACGUCAUUGAUAUUGUCACCGAUCAAGACGGUGCUUAAUCUCUCCAGAAUUUCUCCAUCAUUUCCGUAUUUGCUCGCAUAACAAGGAAGUGAUUUUUAGGCUUUCUUUUUUAAGAAAAGAAGAAGACGUUCUUUAACUACUUAGAUGUUUCUAAGACAGUUUGAGUUUCCGGUUUGUUGUUUGUUGUUGUUGCGUCUUAAAUGUUUGAACAUCUUGCUGGGCCAAGUUCUCGAUCUACUUAAGAAACUUCGUCAGUUCUUGUUCUAGUCUCCGGUUAGAUUGAUAAACUAGGACAAAAAGCUGUUAACUUUUGCUCAAUAUCAAGAUACGUGUCUGAAAGAGUCAUCCUUUAUA